GGGCUCCAGGCCGGAAGUGGGAAUCCCCAGUGCGGCUUCUCUUUCCAUGAGUCGUGCGCGGAGACGCUAGGAAGAUGUUGGGCUUUAGAGGGCGAGGUGCGAGGCUCCUGGUCCGGUGGAGCAAUGGAUCCUCGGCACCGCAGAGAGGUUUUGCUGCCACUGCUCCAGUGAAGUCAUACGACAUGAGAAGAGUCGAAAUAACACCACUGGAGCAAAGAAAACUCACUUUUGACACCCAUAAUCUAGUGCGUGAUCUAGAGUCACACGGGUUUGGGAAAGAACAGGCCGAAACCAUUGUGGCGGCGUUAACGUCUUUGUCCACUCUCAGCUUGGAUACAGUCUACAAAGAUAUGGUGACCCAGGCUCAGCAGGAAAUAACUCUGCAGCAGUUAAUGGCUCAUCUCGACUCCAUCCGAAAAGACAUGGUCAUUCUUGAGAAGAGUGAGUUUGCCAACUUGAGAGCAGAGAAUGAGAAAAUGAAGAUUGAAUUGGAUCAAGUUAAACAGCAGCUAAUGAAUGAAACCAGUCAUAUCCGAGCUGAAAACAAGCUGGACAUAAACUUGGAAAGAAGCAGAGUGACCGACAUGUUCACAGAUCAGGAGAAAAAGCUCAUGGAAGCCACAACAGAGUUUCAUAAAAAGGAUUCAAGCACCAACAGCUCCGUUACGGAAGUCAGCAAUAAAAUCGAUGCCGAGAUUGCAGCCCUGAAAACACUCAUGGAAUCGAACAAGCUAGAAACGAUACGUUAUUUGGCAGCCUCUGUAUUCACUUGUCUUGCCAUCGCCCUGGGAUUCUACCGAUUCUGGAAAUGAAAAAGCCAGCCUCCGGGAACAAGGGACAGAACAAGCGCUUUUCUGAUUUGAAUCGACACCAUGCUUGGCUGACACAUCUCCGACAGACUCUUUCAAAGCCUUUUGUGUUGGGUAUUGGUUUUUAAACACAUAACCGGGGUGGGGGGAGUGUUUUCUACAGGCAGAGCAGUCUGAGCAAAACCUGACCUAGUUUGCAUCUCUCAGGGCUGGUUUGGUGCUCCCACAUACUGAAAGCCAAAAGAUAUAUGGGUGGGGCAUUUAAAAAAAAAAAAAGAAAACCAAAAAAGAAGACGCUUAUUUGAUGGAGAGAUUGCUAUGCCCCUUGUCAUCAUUAUGUAUGUUUUUCUGACACCCUCCCAGGUGGAAGGACUAUAGCUCAGCGGUAGAGAUUCCGCUUUGCAUGCAGAAGGUUCCAGGUUCAAUCCUCGACAGUUAGGGCUAGAAAAAGCUCCCCUGCCUGUAACUUUGAACAGCCACUGCCGGUCAGUGUGGGCAGUAUUGGGCUACGGGGCCCAAACAGUCUGACUCAGUAGGUAUAGCUUUCUGUGUUCCUAUGAGGUGGCUCCCGCUAGUUCCUCUUGGCCUGAGCAGUAGAGAAACGAUCUUGCAACCCAAUUUGAUGGGGAACCUACUGUCAGGAGCUGGAGUCAGGGGCAGGUCAGCAAAAAUAUUGGUGUGGUGUGAAGUUAACUCUUCAUUCAAAGAAACCAAAACAGCACAGGCCUAGUGAUGCUAGCAACUCUUCCCAGUAGCAACUCAAUGAGGCAGUUGCGAGGACUAAAGGUCCCCACAGCUGCCUAUGUCCCCUUCGCUCCUGGGUUUUUCCCCAAGCAACUGGAAAUGGCGUCUGCGCACAACCAAUCUCUCCUCUUUUCCUUUCUCUGUGUGUUCUGGGAGACCAAGGGAGAGGGGAUCUGGUCAAAGCAGGAGGGGAAAAACCCCUGGAUUCUUCAGCAGCCUGCCUCAUCUCUGCCUCCUGCCCUCAGUCCUCUCCAACCUCUGCUUCGGCCUCUGAGCCCGGACUGCUCUCUGCCACAGCCUCUUCCUGCUCACUAAAGCCUGUGCCCCUUCAGCUUCCAACAUUUGACACUCCCUCCAAGCCUUGCACUGCCUUCCCAAAGCCAAGUAAGCAAGGCGCUGGGCCAGGGGUCGGCAACCUAAGGUCCAUUGGCCGCAAGCAGCCCAUGGGGGUCAUUUAACUGGCCCAUGGACCCCUGCCACCCUCUCGGUCGGCUCCCGUGCACCGCGCUGAACCGGUGCGGAGCAGAGCAGGGACUGCCUUCCGUGCCGCUGGCUGGCUUCCCAUUGGCUCACGGGCUCUGACAGGCAGCUAGAGUCUUCCCACCUCCUUCCCAAAGCAUAGCUUUCAGUUUCUCAUUUUGGAUGUCGGAGGAGCGGGCCUGUAUAAAGCUUUACUUUUUCUUCUAAAUAACGGAAAAAAUAAAGGCAUACUCAACCGCAA